CGAUAUUAAAAUAAAUAAAUUCAGGAGUCAAUUAAUUUACGGGGAGAGAGGAAAAACGAAGGGGAACAAAAAAAAAAAGGGGAUAUGGUAGGCGGACGCGGCGGAGUUGGCGGUGGUGGUAAUAGAGCGGAGGCGGAUCGGUGGCUUGUAACAUCGGAAAAGCUUCUAGCGUCUAGUGAUCUGCAAGGAGCGAAGACAUUUGCGAUCCGCGCAUGCGAAGCUGACCCGACCCGAGCAGAAGCAGCGGACUACAUCCUCGCAAUCUGCGACAUUCUUCUCGCCGGAGAGACUCGUUUAGGUGAUUCUAACUUGCCGGACUGGUACGCCGUUCUUCGACUCGGUCGAUUAGCUCAAAACCCUGAACACGUCGCGACUCAGUAUCGUAGACUCGCUCUUCUCCUCAAUCCUUCCGUUAAUCGUCUCCCAUUCGCCGAUCGAGCGUUUAAAAUCGUCUCCGAUGCUUGGUUCGUUCUCUCUGAUCCGUCCAAGAAGUCAUUCUACGACCGAGAAUUGCAACUGAGUCAAAUCGGUCAAUCUGGUUUCCAUCCCCAAACCCAAUCGCAUCAAAAUUUCCAGUGGAAUCCCACCACCGUAUUUCCGCCACAGGCUGGGACCUCGACGGAUCCUAUGGCGACGAGCUUCUGGACUGCUUGCCCUUACUGUUUUGUUCUCUUUGAGUACCCUAAGGCUUACGAAGAAUGUACUUUGAAAUGUCAAGAAUGUAGAAGAGCGUUUCAAGCUGUGACGAUACCAAAACCUCCGGUAGACGAUGGGAAAGACGACGAAGACGUUUACUUUUGCUCAUGGGCUUUGUUUCCAUUAGGGUUUUCCGGUGAAUUUAAAACCCCAAGUUGGUCACCUAUUUCACCUCUAUUUGCCUGUCCUCUGCAAAAGGUGGAUGAUGAAACAAGGAAGAGAAAGGAACCGGGUCCUCCUAGGAUUUACUAUGAUGAUGAUGACAUAUAUGUUGCGAUUUCGGAUGAAGAUGACGCUGGUGAUGAUGAUGAUUGGCAAGAUGUGGUACAAGUGAAUAAGAAGGCGAAUGCUGGGAAAGGGAAAGAAACAUCUGUGAGAAGUAACAAGAAACAUGGAGUUGAGACAGUCCAAAAUGUAGAAAGUAUCAGUAGUGCUAGCAAUCACGCGCUUUCGGAUGCUGCGGUUGGUUCCUCAUCCGGGGUUAUGUCUAAACCAGGGAGUUAUAUUACUAGAAAACGAAUGGGAACAGGAGCUAAGAACCUGGGGAGGUUGGAUUUGAAUGUGGAGUUUAGUAAUGAAGUGGAAGAGCCUGGUGUGGCAGGUGGGAGAAAUGAAGGCAAUGGGAUCGGAAGUAACAGGGAGGUAGAUCAUAUGGAAGGGAUUGGGUUCUUUGAGGGACUUGAUGAAUUCUUGAAUAGUUUGCCAAUACUUUCUGUUGUUGGAGAUGAUAAGAUCAAGGCUACUUAGUGAAGUUUCUUUUGUUGCACAAGAAUUCUGUUCCUCCAAGGCUCCAACUCAAAAGGCCAGAGUGCAAAUUGCAAAAUAUAGGUGGUUCAUUCACUAGAAUUUUUUUUGUGUUGUUUCACUAGAAUUUUUUUUGUGUUGUUUGAUUUCUGGACCAACAAACGGAGAGGUAAACUGACAACACACAUUGCUUGCUUCAUUCAUCCUUGAUGCUUUGUAAGGUAAGGAAAAGAAGUAAGCUUUUUGUCAAGAAUUUCGUGAUGGUGUCUAUUGUCUAAGGUAAAGAGACCUACACUGCUUUGUAGAGACUCUUUUUGUGUAGUCAUUGUAGCUAGGUAUUCUCACUUACCUGUAAUGAGAGUCUGCAGAAUCAAGAAGAUGCAGAAGCUAUCUUGUGCUCGUUAUCUGGCUUUUACACGCUCCAGACUUCCAGUUGUGCUGCAGUGAAGGUUCCAUUGUCUAUUCAUAAAAGCUUGUUCAAGAUGAAACUUUUAGGCUCUAAAUGUUCAUGAAUAAUCUGUUAUUCUCUAAUUGUGAUGAAGAAAGGUUCGUUGUAUCUGUCUU